GCCAAGAUGGCGGCGGCGGCAGGAGCGGGGCCUGGUCCCGGUCCCGGUGCGGGGCCUAUGGGAGGCUCCGGUACCGGAACCGGUACCGGCACCGGCGCCGGAAGCGGCCCCGGAAGCGGAAGCGGCUCCAACCCCCGUAAGUUCAGCGAGAAGAUCGCGCUGCAGAAGCAGCGGCAGGCGGAGGAGACCGCGGCCUUCGAGGAGGUGAUGAUGGAGCUCGGGUCCACGCGGUUGCAGGCCCAGAAGCUGCGCCUGGCUCAUGGUCGGGGGCCCUAUUACAGCGGCUCCCUUCCCAACGUCAACCAGCUGGGAAGCGGCAUUCCCGACUUCCAGGGUCCCCUGCAUUCCCCCCUGGACUGCAGCCGGAGCACUCGGCACCAUGGGCUGGUGGAGCGGGUGCAGCGGGAUCCGCGCCGGAUGGGAUCCCCCCUGCGCCGCUACGUGAGGCAGAUUGACAGCUCUCCCUAUGGACCCACGUACCUCUCGCCCCCCCCCGAGCCUGCCUGGAGGAGGACCAUGCCCUGGGCGAACUUCCCAAUGGAAAAGGGCCAUUUGUUCCGCCUGCCCUCGGCUCUCAACAGGACGAACUCGGACUCUGCUCUGCACACGAGUGCCCUGAACCCAGGACCCCAGGAGCCCUUCCUGGGCCCCAGCCAGGGCCCCCCCGCGCCCGGACGCCGCGGUUUCCUGGAUGGGGAUGCAGACAGCAAAGUGUUCCUUUUCCAAGUGCCUCCCAUCGAAGAGACCUUCGAUGAUCCCAAACCUCCAUUGAAGCCCUGGGAUACCCGGAAGCUCUCCUCCUCCUCGGCCCGGCCGCGCUCCUGUGAGGUUCCCGGCAUCCACGUCUUCCCAUCACCGGAUCCGGCCGCAUCCCUGCCCCUCAUCCCGCCCCCCCUCGGCACGGGGGGGUCACUUCCCGACCUCAGCAGCCUGCACUUCCCAUCUCCGCUGCCCACCCCCCUGGAUCCCGAGGAGAUCCCAUUCCCGAGCGGCGGCGGCAGCACCGGGAAUCUCGCCACCACCAUGACCCACUUGGGCAUCAGCAGCUCCAUGGGGCUGCCGCCCGCAUACGACUCCCAAGGCCUGACCCCAGCCCUGCCCCCCCCCUUGACCCCCCCGGCCCCCCCCCCCACCCUGGGGCUGACCCCCGAGAGCCGACACCAGAUCCCGCGGCAGCGCCAGGCACCGACCGGACAGGGGGUCCCAUUGGACGGCACCGAGCAGCGCCUGCCCCCUUACCCCUACCCCCAGCCCGGCCUCCUCCUGCCCCACAGAGCCCCCCCUGCCCCACAAGUGCUGCCCAGCUCAGCCCCACAGCUGCCCCCCCACUACCAGCCCAUGGGGGACUUCGCCUUGAGCUCUUUUGACCAGUUUGGGAUGGGGGAAGGCUCUGGAACUGCUGCAUUCCCAGAGGAUUUGGGCUACCAGGAGAGUGAAUUGGGCUACGAGCCCCCCCCCCUCCUGAGCCGAGCCCCCCCCCAUAGCAACUGCAGCCGGCACGGGGGGGCCGUGCCCAGCAUCCUGCUGCCAGGGGAUUCCGGGAUCUCCAAGGAAGUGGCCUCGGCCUUGGCUGCUGUUCCCGGAUUCGAGGUGGAUCCAUCGGGAUUGGGAUUGGAGGAGGAGCUGAGGAUCGAGCCCCUGGGGCUGGAGGGACUGAGCAUGCUCAGUGACCCCGGCUCCCUGCUGCCUGACCCCGCCGUCGAGGAGGCCUUCCGCACCGACCGCCUGCAGUGAGCCCCAUAGAGCCUAUGGGGCAGCCAUGGGGCACCAAACCCCAUAGAGCCUAUGGGGCGGCCGUGGGGCACCAAACCCCAUAGAGCCUAUGGGGCGGCCAUGGGGCACCAAACCCCAUAGAGCCUAUGGGGCGGCCAUGGGGCACCAAACCCCAUAGAGCCUAUGGGGUGGCCAUGAGGCACCAAACCUCAUAGACCCCAUGCGGUGUUCUAGGGGCACUGCACCCCAUAGAGCCUAUGGGGCGGCCACGGGGCACUGUGCAUCCCAUAGAGCUCAAUGGGGUGGCCAUGGGGCACUGUGCGCCCCAUAGAGCCUAUGGGGUGUCCUAGGGGCACUGCACCCCAUAGAGCCUAUGGGGUGUCCUAGGGGCACUGCACCCCAUAGAGCCUAUGGGGCAGCCCAGGGGCACUGUGCACCCCAUAGAAUCCAUCGGGCGGCCCAGGGGCACUGCACGCCCCAUAGACCCCAAUGGGGAUGUGGGGUGUGCCAUUGGCACUAUGAGGAUGUGGGGGGCCCCAUUGUCAAUGUCCCGCCCCAUAGACCCCAAUGGGGUGGCCCAGUGGCACUGUGGA